CAACAGAAAGAUAAAUUAACAUCCUGGAAUAAGCUGAAGGUGUGUGUAUAUAUAGAUGCUUUAUAAGAGAGCGUGCCAGUGAUAAGUCUACCAGAAGCCCUCAGGAUUACAUAACAGAGAAUGAACAGACACAUCUUCAUACUUCUAACCCAAGCUGUGUUAGUGGUCAUAGUUUCAGGAACAUUGUGUAAUGACAGGAAUAUUCAGACUGUCGGCAGAGUUGUUUUCGGAGAAGCCAGAGGGGAAUCGAUAAUGGAACAGCUGGCUGUGGCUUACAGCAUUGUCAACCGCGUAAAUCACGAGGGAUAUCCGAACAGCCUCGACGAAGUAGUCAAUCAGAAAACAAAUAGCGGAAGGUACCAAUAUGAAACUUUGAAUCUUUACAAUGACAAGCUAGGUUGGAACUAUGCAAAGAAGGCAAACAACUUUGAAUACAAGUACGCCAUCGAAGCUUCUCUUAACGCUUUAUGCAGUCGGGAGGUCGACAUCACAAGUUGCGUAACAAGUUUUUGUGACCGUGAUCCAUGUUACGCAACAAGUCACCAUUAUUGGUCCACAAUUACCAGGAGCAUGAGGAUUGGAAAACAUUUCUUUGUUUGCCAAAGGCACAGUCAACCGCGACCAUACAACUUUUAAUCGAUCUCUCCGAUUAACAACUAUAUUAUGUACUUCAAAACGAUAUGUGGAGGUCUACAGUAUCUACAGUCUACUUCAGAAUUUUCGUUCAGCGUGGGAUUCUAGUGGUUUUUAAGUCGAAAGAAAUAAAAACCAUCAAUUCAU